AUGAAGUCUGGAGCCCUUGUUCUGGUCUCACUCGUGACUCUGGCGACAGGUCAUGGCUAUCUCUGGCAGCCAGAUAGUCGGACAAAACUAGGGUUCAAGGCUGGCGUAGAUACUUGCCCCGAGUGUAGUAUCUUGGAACCUGUCUCUUCCUGGCCUGACCUCGACUCAGCAGCCAUCGGCCGGAGUGGGCCAUGUGGUUACAAUGCCCGCGUGAGCGUUGACUAUAACCAGCCAGGCAGUGACUGGGGAUCCAGUGUAGUCACCACUUAUACAGCUGGUGAGGUUGUUGAUGUUGUUUGGUGCCUUGACCACAAUGGUGAUCACGGAGGCAUGUUCACCUACCGCAUCUGCCAACAGCAGGACAUUGUGGACAAAUUCCUGGACCCGGAAUACCUCCCCACAGAGGCGGAAAAGCAGGAAGCCGAAGAUUGCUUUGAGGCAGGCCUUUUACCAUGCACCGAUGUGGACGGGCAGGCCUGUGAUUACAGCCCUGACUGCCCCAGCGGUGCGGCGUGUCAACGUAACGACUGGUUUACAUGCAACGCGUUCGAUGGAACAAAGUGCCAAGGCGUUGAUAACGCCGCGCUAUACUCAUGUGAUACGACAAUCUCGGGCGGCUAUACAGUUUCGAAGAAGAUCAAGAUUCCUGAUUAUGUUUCCAACCAUACGUUGAUGUCCUGGAAAUGGAACUCCUUCCAGACCGGUCAGAUUUAUCUGUCCUGUGCGGACAUUGCAAUCCAGUGA